AUAUAAUUUCUCACACCUUCUCUCUGAUCCAAUUUUGUCCACUUUGGACCACUGAGAAUAAAUAAAGUUGCAGCUGCAUACUUGAUUUGUUACCUUUCAUAAUAAUUCACAUCUCCUUUAUGGUAUUCUCUCUUUUUGAGACCUUUCAUGAUAUGUAGUAUCCUUCUUUCAUAUGCUUUCAUUACUUGCUUAGGUUUAUUUCUAUAAACCAAAAUUGACUAGUCCUCUAAUAUGUAACUUUUUUUGGCCCCAUUUAAAUCCUUCUUUUUUUUUUUUUUACUGCUGAAAGUUCCUCAUUUUCUUGUCUUAGAUUUUGCCAUUAUAGGCUUCAAUUCCCAUACAAGAGUUCUUCACUCAGAUUUGUUUCCCACAAAAAAAAAAGGGGUUGGAAUUUUUUGGAUUAAACAUACAUACAUGGCAAUUGAACUUUGCUCAGAGAAUUGUGGGGUUUCUUCAAACUCAUCAAUGAGUCCAAGAAUCUCAUUCUCACAUGACUUCUCACAAUCUGAUGUGAUACCUGUUGAGCAGCACCCCUUUGGAUCAACAACUUCUGAUUUGGAAUCAAGCAAUGAUUUUGAUUUCUGUGUCACUGAAAGUUUUGAGCUUGUUGAGUCUUUUCCAGCGGAUGAGUUUUUCUCAGGUGGAAGGAUCAUUCCCACUGAAAUCAAGGGACCAAAGAAGAACAACAACAACAUCAUCCAUCAAAAGGGUCUUCAUCAAUUAGCACCACAACACCCUCCUCCAUUGCCUCCACAAUCAUGUGUUACUGUUAAUCAUAAUCAUAAUCAUAAUCAUGAUCAUAAUCACCAUUAUUGCAAUAGUGGUUGUUCUAGCUCUACUAGUAGUAGGAACUUGAAGAAAGAAGGUUCAUCAAAAGAAGGAAAAUACAUGAACAACAAUAAUAAUAAUGAUUCAAAGUCCUUUUGGAACUUCAAGAGAAGUAGCAGUUGUGGGAAUGGAUACAGAAGAAGUUUAUGUGCUUUGCCACUUCUAUCAAGAAGCAAUUCAACUGGAUCAUCAUCCAACACCACCAAGAGGAAUCCAUUGUCAAAGGAAGCAGGUACUAAUAAGCAAAAUUCACACAAACAUUCUUCUUCUUCUUCUUCUUCUCAAAAGCCUCCACUGAAUAAUAAGAGUCAUCAUCAUCACCAGCAUCAUCAUCUUGGAUCUUAUGGUAACAACAGUGUUAGAGUUGUUAGUCCUGCUCUUAAUGUUCAUUCUGCUAAUCUAUUUGGUUUGGCCUCAAUCUUCUCCAACAAUAGAGAUAAGAGCAAGAAGAAGUGAUUAUUAAUUUGCAUUAGAAUAACUCUAUGUACUCCAACCUAAUAUAAUUAUCAGGUUAGGUAGCCUAAAUUACACCCUGGUGCGGAUCUUUCUGAAUUCUACGUUAACGCGAAAUGCUUAUACAUCAGACUGUCUGUUUUAUAUAUUUUUCUUAUCUGCAAUUUUAUUAGCUAAUGAAGUGUGAAGCAAAAAUUAAUUCCUCUCUUUUACUAUGUACUUUCUUGUAUUAUCUAACAUGUGUGUGAUUUGGAAAAAAAAAGGAAUAAGUAUGGUUAGAUAUUUUGAAAGGUGAAUGGUUUGCAUCAAGAAAACAAGAUGAUGAAGGUGAUUUAGAAGGAAGAUAGUAACGUACGACUACGUUAUGUGUACACUAAAAUCAGCUACCAAAGUCGGUUAUUAGUAUAAAAUACAUGUUAGAAUACAAAUACACAUUAAAAAUAAAUUAAACAAUACAUGUAUUUAUACACAAAUACAUUAGUGGCUGAUUUUAGUACACGAAUAAUAUUUUUUAAGUAAUGUAUGAUGCUUUGUGGCACAAAAUGACAGAUCAUUGUAGUUUUCAUGGCUUCUUGUCCUUUGUCUGUGUUUUGCUCCCCUGCUUUUGUUCUUCUAGAGAUUCUGUAAAUAUAUUGAUUUUGAUUA